UCGUUGUCAUCGUCCUUGUCACAAUUGCUUGCGUUCUCCACCUCAUCGUACCUCAGCUCUGCACAGGGAUUAGGCAUCUCCACAGCUCUAGUAACAACGAUGAUUAAAACAACCAUCACCUACACGCCAGCAUCGUCAGCCACCGAGAUCAACCAAAGCUCGCUGUCCGGCACACCUAUUGCCACAAGCAAAAAUAGCACGUCAUUUUUUGAUCACAAAGGAAAAGUCGCCGCAGUCUUUUCGGUGGUUGGCAUUGUAUCUCUCGCUCUGAUACUACUUCUGACUUUCAUUCUUAGAAGACUGUACUUGAACAAGCAUGAAGGACCGAUCACCAUUGAGUCAGACACAGAAAACUUCGAGAAGCCCGUCAUUAUCGGCACGCUGCCAAACACCCCAACACCAACAAGUCCACCUCCGUCUGCCUCAGCAAAAAGGGGCUCUAUGUUCACGCUUCACCGCAAAUCGAGCUCGACUCCCACUGCUGUCCAACGGCCAACACCACUCUCAGACAUGGUGAUGGUUGACCAGAGAUUGGACCCCCACAGUGAACUUUACAAUAAUAAUAAUUACUCUACUCGAAGCCUGAGUGACCAGGUCGAUUACAGCAGGAAAGUGCUUCGGGUAGCAAACCCUGACGCCUGAUAGGUGGGAGGUGUUGUCCAGUGACAUCCAUCCCCAUGGAGAAAAGCGCAGCUCUAGUUGUUGGAAGCUUGUCCAGAGAUAAUAAUUUCGGGUCUGGGCCGAUCAAACAGGGUUCAUGUCACUGGACUAAUCAGCAUGGUUCGUUUUUUCAGCCUUUUCAAAACUCAUAAACAAUGUAUAAUUCUCAAUAAAAUUU